AUGGAAAACAACGGUUGCAAUAGGAGUGUUGACAAUAUCAUUAGCAACAAGGAUGUAUUUGUGAAUCAUCCAAGCACCAUUCCGAGCCUUGGAUUUGGGAUUCUCGUAGAAGAGGAAGUCCUCGUUGUCAAUCCCUCCAAAGGCAUCCCAAAUCUCCCAUGGUUCUUGAUGGCCAUAAAGAUCACAAAAAGGGACGAGUGGAAUCGAAGGGAGAGGAAAGCAUUGGCCCUUCUUGUAGAGAUAAUGGGUGACAAGAUUACGGUGAGAAGGAUGGAAUGCGAAACCAACUGGAAUCCCGAGAAAAACCCACGAGUGCUCUUGGAUAAUUUUUUAUCCAAAGAACCCACAACAACCAUGGAAGAAGAAGAACAAGCCAUUGUUUAG